GUGAAGGCGAAGAUGCCGGUUCACUCACGGGAAAAGAAGGAAAGUAACCACAAUGACAUGGAGGUCGACUAUCCGGAAAAUGAGGGCAGUAGUUCCGAAGAGGACGACUCGGAUAGCUCCAGCGGGAGCGAAGAGGGAGACAGCUCGGAGAUGGAUGAUGAAGAUUGUGAAAGACGCCGAAUGGAAUGUUUGGAUGAAAUGUCUACCCUUGAGAAACAGUUUACAGAUCUCAAAGAUCAACUUUACAAGGAGAGGUUGAGCCAAGUAGAUGCCAAACUGCAGGAGGUAAAGGCAGACCAAGCACAAGAAUAUCUGGAACCCCUUGCAAAUUUACAGGAAAACAUGCAGAUCAGAACUAAAGUAGCAGGAAUAUACCGUGAACUGUGCCUAGAGUCUGUGAAGAACAAACAUGACUGUGAAAUUCAAGCAGCACGCCAACACUGUGAGAGUGAAAAGCUGUUGCUUUAUGACACGGUUCAGAGUGAACUGGAAGAGAAAAUACGUAGAUUGGAAGAAGAUCGCCACAGUAUUGAUAUUACCUCUGAGCUCUGGAAUGAUGAGUUACAGUCGAGGCGGAAGCGAAAGGACCCAUUCAGCCCUGAUAAGAAGAAAAAGCCCGUUGUAGUGUCUGGCCCAUAUAUAGUUUAUAUGUUACAAGACUUGGAUAUACUUGAAGACUGGACUACAAUAAGAAAGGCAAUGGCUUCAUUUGGGCCUCACAGGGUAAAACCCGAAGUUACAGUCAAGAUAGAGAAACAUCAACACAGUGCCAGAUCAGAAGAAGGUCGGCUGCAUUAUGAUGGAGAAUGGUAUGGUCGAGGACAGACAAUUUGCAUUGACAAAAAAGACGAGUUUCCAACCAGUGCCGUUAUCACGACAAUUAACAGUGACGAGGUCUGGUUUAAGAGGCAAGACGGCAGCAAAUCAAAACUGUACAUUUCUCAAUUACAGAAAGGAAAAUACAGCAUCAAGCAUAUUUGAUUGUCCGCUUGAUACGAUCAUCCGCUACAGGCAGCUUCUCGCUGCAGCCCUUGUGCAACAGGAACGUGCCAUUUUAUGGAAUUAUAUGUAUUUAUCUACCUUCAUUUCUUGUAUUUGCAAGUAUUACUUCAGCUGUGUAAAUGAGUGCAUAUUGUGUAAUAUCAUGGCUCGAAGUAUUUGACGGCUUAUCUGUGUACCUUGGCAAGGUAAUAAUCAGUGGGGAUAUUCUGUAUGGUACAAUGACUGAUAACUCCUGACCUCAUUCAUUGCCAAAACCACAUAAAAAUGGGCAGCGACAGCUGAUGCUCAAUAUAGGAUACAAAGCAUUGUGGCUUAAAGGGACACUAAUUGUGCAAUACAGUUUACAAGAACCUGUAAGCUCUUAUUGUGAAAGAGAAACUGAAAAGUUCCCGUAACAUGGUAGAAGUGGAAUGAUUAAGAUCGAUAACAUUUGUUUCUAAAGCGGGCGUUUCUAGUAUUCUCUCACAUGUUGCUAACUUUGGUAUGCAUAUUGGCAAGCUGCAUCCAUGUUGCUUGAAAUUGCUAGGAACAUAUUUUAUCUUUAAUUUUUUUUUAUCAAACCAGGAGCAAAGCCUAAACAUCUGAAAUGUGCCGCCAGCUUUUAUAACUGACUAUGACCAUCAUUCCUCCCCCCCUUCCGCAUAUGUAAGCAUUUGUAUUUUAGCAUUAGUGUGUCUUUGUGUCAAAUAUCUAUCAAAUCAUAUUUUAAAAAUCCAUUUGGAGCGCACACAGUAUUCAAAAGACUGAGACAGUGACUGCUGUGAGCCACCUGGGAUGUUUUAUAUGCUGGCAUGUUUGAGGUACUUCAUUAAAAGUGUAAAACAUUCAGAAUUGGGAGAUAUUCUCUGCAGUUCCCUGCAUCCUCCAUCAAUACUGGAUUCAGCUUGAGCUGAAGGAUUGCAUUGAAGUUAGUCCCCUAAAGGGAAAAUAAACCCUUCUAUAAAGCAAUAUGUAUGUCACAUUUCAUAUGUAGACACAUCAUUUUGCCUUUUCUGCAUAUUCACAUUUUAAAAAAAUGAGUGGAAUUUGCCAAAUUGCUUGUUUUUAAAUGCAGAAUUCUUCAAAGGAAUCCACCAACAGUAAUGGCAGUGUGUUGAUAUUAAAGCAUUGUUGCAUUUCAGGAUUUAUUUAUUUGGCAGAUGGCCACAUGGAUAUUGGGAAAGAAGGAAUAUUUCGUGAACACAAGAAGCUGUCUUUUUCUCCUCUUACUGUCUCUGAGAGAGCAACAUUUUAAGAAUUAAACUCCUAUAACUAGCUUGUACAGAUAGUGGUUCUAUUGCUAUGAAUAGGUCAUACGCUCCUGAUUUGCGAUCAAAAGGAUAAUGGUUAUCUGCAGUGCUAAUAAUUAUGUGUUUGCUUUAAAACACACCCACUCUCAGUUUACU